AACAGAAAAAGAUAUUUUUUAUGGCCGUGAAUCAAUUUUAUGUGUGUUAUUUAUGUACUUUCUGGCUUCUGGGGAGAGCGAUGUGAAGAGUCUGGCGGGGUUGGCUUUCGAUGCCGUUAAACGGGUGCUCCAGCGGCCUUCUGGUGACGGCGCUGGUGACGCUGUUGCUCCUACCAGCACAGUAUUAUGUUCCAGAUUUUGGCUCGAAGGAGCUAACGAUAGCACCAGUGCCGAUAACUCGGCAGUUGGUGUCACCGGAGUUUUAUAAUUGGUUCUCGCUAGACUUCCCACCGCUUGAUAUAUUUUUUACAGUGUUACUUAUUCUAUUGGCGGUUAUAACACAUUUAUUUGAUUGGAUACAAAGAAAACUAAUGGAAAGACGGAUUUUAAAGUUAAACAUAUACUUAAAAGAUUGCAUAGAGCGACUUCGCGUGUGGGACGCUCGGCAGGAGCAGGUGGAGGCGACGCUGCGCACGGUGCAGAACGCCACGUCGGAGUACAACCUGCUGCUCUACCUGAUGCUGCGCCACCGCCGCCUCGGGCCCGCCAAGCCCUCGCACUGCUUCUUCGAUAAGGACCUCGACGACAUCAAUUAUAUAACGAAUCCUACAAUCGAAGUCUAGACUUAGUGUUUGUGAUGAGAUUUUGUUUAAUAAAUGUCUAUUGUAGCUUA